GCUGCCUAUAUCCCGGCGCCCCGUCCCCACCCCUGUUGGGUCCACUCUGCUUCCCUCUCCGGCUCCCCCGAUCUGAACUCGCCGCCAGCCGCCUCCGGGGUCGUGCCUCGCCGACCACUCGCCGUCGCCGAGUCCCCCUUGUCUCCGUGCCCCCGCCACUGCCGCGCCCGCGCACUCCACCGCAUCCCAGCCGCCCAGUCCUGUCCGCGGCGGUCGGCCUUGUGCAGGCGUGCACCCCGCCCUGCACUACAUCAGCAGCCACCAGCUACCGGCCAGCCCUCCCACCGUCCCACGACUAAACGCAGUGCACAGGUAGACCACCCUGUUUUAAAUUCCUAGAUCCGGCUACCGGAGAGCGGAAGGGGAAGCCGACGGCGACCGCGCCCCCGUGAGAUGGGAAUGGAGGAGUCGGCGGGGGGUGCCGCGAGGCAGGCCAAGGAGUCGCUGGAGCUGGCGUUCCAGAUGUCCCAGAUCCUGGACACCGGCCUCGACCGCCACACCCUCUCGCUGCUCAUGGCGCUCUGCGACCGCGGCGCCAACCCGGAGGCCCUCGCCGCCCUCGUCCGCGAGCUCUCCUCCGCCGCUCCGCCGUCUGCCGCCGCCACCGCACCCGCCUCCAACACCACAGCGGCCCCGGCCACCCCCUCGUUGUUCCCCUCCGGCUUUCGCCAGCUCUAGGCUACUAGGCAGGUACCGAAAACUGGACGCAACUGAAGUUCUUGAUUUGAAGUCGGACCAAAUCUGAUACUUGGCUUGCUGGAAGAGACGGAUUAGCUUUGGUCAGGAGGAAGCAAAUCUUGCUCUGCGAUGCACUUGUGAUGUUGUUUCCACCAGAAAAAGUUGUCGCUUAUUGAGUUCCUGUAAAUUGGCAUCUUUCUUUGCUUGACUUGGACACUACUGUAGUAAUCAUGAUGGCCACUGCCACUGCCCCUUCAUUCAUAGUCUUCUUAUAUUCCCAUCGCUGUAUGCAUCAGCUGGA